CAUAUUCACCUUCCACUCGAACUUUUUUCAAAAAACUCCGUACCUUCUGCUCAUCUCGUCCCAUCAUGUCCGUCCUCUCGGGAUUUACUAUUCCGACCACGCAGACCGCUGCUGUCGUGCCAUCCAUUGGUAAAGACAUUGAGAUCCAAACGCAGCACCCUGUUAAGUCUGCAAAGGAUCUGAAGCCAGGCGAAUGCCUCGUCAGGCUCUCACACACCGGCGUCUGCCACACAGAUUUGCAUGCGAAGCAGGGUGACUGGCCCGUCCCGCCCAUUAACCCACUUAUCGGUGGGCAUGAGGGUGUCGGUGAAAUCGUCGCUAUUGGCGAGAACACAUCUGGUUCACCUGUCAAACUCGGAGACCGUGUCGGCAUUAAGUGGCUCGCAAACUCAUGCCUGGACUGCGAGUUCUGCCGGAAAGGCGCGGAGAUGAACUGUGUCAAUGCACAGCUCAGUGGAUACACCGUUGAUGGCACGUUUUCGCAAUAUGUCGUAUCGUUCGUACACCACGUUACUCCAAUCCCCAAGAACCUUGACAGUGCUGGAGCCGCAUCAAUCCUGUGUGCUGGUGUGACUGUCUACAAGGCUUUGAAAAACAGCAACACUAAAGUUGGCGAUUAUGUUGUCAUUCCUGGUGCUGGCGGAGGACUUGGUCAUUUAGCGGUCCAAUAUGCCCGUGCAAUGGGUCUGCGUGUAAUCGCGAUCGAUACUGGCGAGGAUAAGGAGAAGCUUGUUAAGAAGCUUGGCGCAGAAUCGUGGAUCGAUUUCAAGCAGUCUAAGGACCUCGUUGCCGAUGUAAAGGCUGCAUCAGGCGGACUCGGGCCCCAUGCCUCGAUCGUUGUCGCUUCGCAUGUCAGUGCGUACACUCAGGCGGUCGACUACUUACGCCCAACGGGCACGCUUGUCGUCGUCGGCCUGCCGAAUGCACCACUGGGUGCGAAUGUGUUCUGGACGGUCUUCAAGUCCAUCACCAUUGUGGGCAGCUACGUCGGAAACCGCCAGGAUGCAAUUGAGUCGCUCGAGAUUGCCGCAGCGGGUCACGUUAAGGUCUAUUACGAGCUGAAGGACAUUAAGGACCUCAAGGACGUUUACGAGAGUAUGGAACAAGGCAAGGUUGCUGGUCGUGUGGUCCUCAAGGUCCACUAGAUUUCCCUAAACAUAGUUUGAUGUGCUCCGAACGAUCUAACGACGCAGGGAAGUUGCUUGUUCAAAAAUCUGGUUGAAGUUGUAGCUGUAGACUUACAUAUGUAAAAAAAAAGUGACUGUGUAGUGGUACAUUAGGAGCUGUGUAAAAUAAGUCUGUUAUAUAUAUCUGCAGUUCCAUGACUGUUGCGGUGUCCU